AUGAACGGCGAAGAUCCCCCGGAGAGGCCCGAACACAUUUCCAGCAUUAUCAACGGCCUCGAGAGGUAUAACCCCGAGGCUGUGGGUACGCUGGAGGCUUAUCUUGGCGACCAAUGUGAGGAGAAAUUCUGCGAUUGCAAUGCCAACAGGACGCUGUUGAAGCUAUACCAGCUCAACCCCGACCGCCUAAAAGAUGAAGUCGUCAGCAACAUCCUCGUCAAAGCCAUGACGCAGUUCCCCUCCCCACAAUUCUCCCUCGCCCUCCACCUCAUCAACCCCUCCACGGCCGCCAGCUCCGAGCUCGACGAGGCCGUGACGACCCUCCGCGACCUCAACUCGGCCCUCGAGGGCGCCCAGUACGAGCGGUUCUGGUCUUCUCUCAACGGCAACGACAUCUGCGCCGACCUCAUCGCCGACAUCAACGGCUUCGAGGACAUCAUCAGGCACCGCAUCGCCCACCUCGUCUCGCAGGCCUUUAGGGAGGUCGGCCUGGCGAACCUGCAGGCGUGGUUGGGCCUCAAUCUCGAGGCUACCAAGAAGUUCGUCGGCGAGGUGUGCGAGUGGACGAUCGAGGGUGAUAACGUCAAGGUGCCUAGCAACCCUGAUAACGAGGCUCAGAAGGCGGAGAUUAGGGAGGAUGUUAGCGUUGAUAUGUUCUCGAGGGUGAUUAAGAGGUCGUGGGAGGAUGCUUUGACGGCUUAG